AAGUUCCAGACUUCCUCUUCGAAACACUAAUAAUAGCGACGCUGCUUUGGGAUGAGCAAAAGCCCACCUUCUUAGCUUUAGGCUGACCUCAUUAUUUUCAGCAUCUCCUCUAGAGGAGGAAGAGGUCAGUAUGGCCACCACUCAAUCCUCAGCUCCCAGUCCUGCGGACGACAAGCCACAAAACCCGGGGCUUGCUCAACCUACAAUUGAGGGUCAGCAAGAUGCUGGGGCUGAGCCCCCUAAACAAACUUCUACACCAUCUGUCUUUGUGAACUCUGAACCAAUGAGAGAGGAACAAGUACAAAAUGCGAUGAAAUUCCUUUCACACCCGAAAGUUAGGGGAUCUCCAGUCAUGUACAGACGGUCUUUUCUUGAGAAGAAGGGCCUCACAAAGGAAGAGAUUGAUGAAGCAUUUCGACGUGUGCCUGACCCAUCUUCAAGUGCGCAGGCAACUGCAAAUCAAGAUGGACAAGUAAAGACAUCAUCAAAUGUUCAGGCACAAAGUGCCACUCAAACUCUGCAGCCUGCAGCUGCUGCUCCAACUAACGCCAUUUCCUCUGUGCGUACCUUAACUGGGUAUAGAUUCCACUGGUCUCAUGCCAUUGUUGCUGUAGGAUUACUGGCAGUUUCUGGUGCUGGAACAGCUAUAUUACUUAAGAAAUCUAUUAUCCCUAGGUUGAAGGCUUGGGUACGCAAGGUUGUAUUGGAAGAUGAAAACGACAUUGAGAAGAAAACCGACCUGAAACCAAGUUUGGCAGAAGAAGCUGCGGCAGCUGCUAAAGCUGCUGCAGCUGCAGCAGCAGAUGUGGCAAAAGCAAGCCAGGAGAUGCUGAACUCUAAGACCGAAGAGAGGAGAUACUUUGUGGAACUCAUGAGUUUGUUAGAUGUUCAAGUGCAAGAAAUGAAGUCAAUGAAUAAUUCCAUUCGGAAAUUGGAAGGAGAAACAAAGGCCUCAAGAACCUCUCUUGUUGAUCAUGAGGAUAAUCGCUACAAUACCACAAAUUCAAAGCAACAAUAUGCGAAUGGCAAGGCAGAGUAUGACGUGCGAUCAGUGCAAUCUUCCUCAGCUCCUCCGUCUGUGGAACCAUCAGCUGUGCCUCACCCAAAGUCUUAUAUGGAUAUCAUGGCCAUGGUUCAAAGAGGGGAGAAACCUCCUAAUGUCAAAGACAUUGAUGAUUUACCCCCCAACCCUAAUCAGCAACUAUCAAAUCCUCGCUUGGCACCUAGAGCUAAGCCUUGGGAGGUUGGUCAGGCCCAAAACAACUCGAGCCAAGUAUUUCAGUCUCAAGUAAGUAGUGAAGGCUUGAAUUCCAGCAUUCAGGACAGUGGGCUCGAUUAUCAGUCAAACGGUGAUGGUACAGUGCCUUGGUGGCAGCGGAAAAAUGCUAGAAUCACUGAGAUAGAAAAUGAAGUCAAUGCAGGGUCUUUUGGUGCACGAACUAGUGAGCUUCCAGUUCAGCCAGUUCAGCGUACAUGGGUUCCUCCCCAGCCACCCCCGGUUGCAAUGGCAGCAGCAGCUGAAGCUAUCCGACGGCCAAAACCACCAGUGCAGAAAGAACAGCUGGGUAACGAUCUGCCUGUUGCACAUCCAUCAGAUGUGAGUGAUGAGUUGCAGAGGAUAACAAAAAUAUCUGAAUCUGGAGGUGCAUUGGAGCUAAGUAACGGAAGCCCACCGUUGGGAUCUCCUGAAAUACAAGAGGAAUACAGCUUGUGAGAAAUCUGGAGUUCAUUGCAUUUAAAAGCUUGUUCUAAGGUGCUACCCGUUUAUGUACGCCUGUUAUACAAGGAUGGGAGAGAUUAAAUCAACGCAAGAUGUUUUUUUACAUAUAAAAUAAUAAGUUGUUCAAAGGCUUGCUUCUUUACAUAUAAAAUAAUAAGUUGUCCAAUGGUGAAAAGUUGAAGUGGACUUUGUAGAGUUGGACACUUUUGGCUGACCCUUCUCCCUCUUGCAUGAGAAGCGCACUUGUGCGCCUUAUCAAAGGGUCUAUUUCAGGCCUUAGUGGUGCUACUGUUUCCGAUAAAUAUGUUUGGUGCUACUGUUU